AUGAAUUAUUUUGAUAUGGUAACCUCUGAGAGUUUACAAUUACACUCACCAGGUCUUUUGCUUCUUCCAAGAGAAAAUAGAGAUCAGAAGUUGGAACUCAGUUCAUAUGAGGUCCGUAUCAACACUAAUGUCAUCGUGAAUGUCUGGGCAAUCAAUCGAGAUACUCGUUACUGGACAGAGGCCGAGAGAUUCUCCCCUCAGAGAUUUAUGGACUGCUCGAUUGAUUCUGACUACAACGGGAACUUUUUCCAGUUCAUUCCAUUUGGUGCCGGAAGAAGGAUAUGUCCCGGAAUUUCUUUUGUAUUGACGAUUGUUAAACUGACGCUAGCAAAUUUGCUCUAUCACUUUCAAUGCGAACUUCCAUCGAAAGGCAUUGAUAUGAAUGAAAGAUUCAAAACGUCACGCACAAGGGAAACGACUCCUCAUUUGGAUUUGAUUCCAGUUUUGUAUGAUGUCGCACCUUGA